GUCUUUGCUUUGGUCACAGAUAAGAUAAGGUCGUGUUGUAACAUCACACGUCGUCGACUACAUUUCUGUCCAUUCCGUGAGAUACCUGUACUUAGACGUCUUACCAUGAUCGAAGCUCUAUUUUUUAUUGCUGGGCUUGCUGCGGUUCGGGGUGCGAACGUAGCCAGUUUGUGUACCACCAACCUCCAGCAGCUGAACUGCCUAACGGAAUACAGGGUCGAGUCUGACGAACGCGUCUGUGGAAAUGAUGGCGUCACCUAUACGAACUUCUGUCAAUAUGCCCAAGCCCGUUGUUCCCACCCCAACAUGCACCUGGACUACAUAGGGUCAUGCACAGGCACGGUUGUCGGGUCUACCAACCCGCCAGCAACGACAAUGCCAACAGUUCCAACGACGACGCUUGAUCCGGCUCUGGUAACUUUCUGCACAGCCUCGCCCCGCCCGACAUGCAGUCAGGAACUGGCACCGGUAUGCGGGUCCGACAUGAAGCUUUACCUCAACAAAUGCGAGUUCUCGAGGGCCUUUUGCAACAACAACAGUUUGAGCUCGAAGGAUCUUUCUUUCUGCACUGGCAGUUAAGUUAUCCAACUAUCCAAUACCAUAGCAACCAAAUCUGACGCUUUGUUGUUGCCCGUGUUCCAAAAUAAAAAGUAUAAAACAU